CAGGACUACAUCUACACGGGACAACCGGACGGAGGUGGGUUCAUCCCCUAUCAGCAAAACCAUAAUCAGUAUAUCAACCCUUCCGAGAUCAUUCCCUUUCGACAAGCCCCAGCCGGAUUUCAACCCCUGGACCCUCCUGAAGGAGGCAGUUAUUUACACCCCGAUUUGCAGACUUCUGACUUGCCGGUACAUCUUCGCCAGAGUUUGCCACAGUACAGGUUUCCUUCCACCCCUCGGACUGAACAGCCGAUAAACUUUCAGCAAACUCCAUAUGAUCAGUUUUCUUAUCAAAAUCAGAAUACAGCUGAAAGACUGAUCAGUUCGCCAUCUGCUUUCCAAACUCAAAAUCCUCAAAAUCUAAGACCGACGACUCUCCGGCCAAACUACCCGCACUUGUUUAUAAAAAACCACAACAGAGACCCGUCGAAAGAAACAUUUUUAGGUGAAAUAACAAUUGAUGAUCCAGCUCAGCCUCCUGUGCAGUAUGAUGAUUUUAGAUCUAGCAAACCAUACCCAGAAAAAUCUAAAGAGUUCAACGAUGUUUUGGAAGAAAAUGGAGGAAACUCAAUUGGUGGAGCAGGAAGACCGUCAUUUCUAAAUCACAGAACAAGAAUUCUUGCUCCAGAUCCAAGCAAAGAAUCCAACAAAGCCGAAAUAAGUGAAUAUUUCGUUGACACUAAUGGUGAAAUCUACAGUUCGCAAAAUAAUUUGGAAACCACGCAAUCUACAGUAUUUUCGACACAAGCAACGUCUUUCGAUCGAAAGUCAGUCAAUAGAGUUAAGUCAAAGAAGACCAUUUUAACGAAAAGGCCAAAGUCGGUUGAUAUAGAACCUCUUUUGGAAGAACCUCUUAAGUACAAUUUUGGUGCCAAUAACGAUGAUGAAGUGGAGGUUAUAAAAUCUUCAAAUCUUUCCGGACAUUCUCAAGAACGUUUCGAAGAUAUGCUAACCAAAACUGUCGAUCCCUUAGAUAACGCAGAAUAUCGUUCAGGAGACAUUUUUACUUCACGUGAAAACAACGAACGUGGUAAUGUAGGAAAUAAUAUACAGGAAAAUGAAAGCGGUGAAGAAAUUGAAACUAAGUAUGAAAAUUUAACAAAAGAUAAAGAAGAUCCUUCCAGGCCUUGGCUUCUGUCCGAAGAAUCUACAGAACCUGCAGAACCCUUAUCAAUAAAAAUGCCUGUUAAACCAGAUCCAGAAAUUGUUACAUCUGUUGUUACUAGUAAAACAGUUGUAAAUAACACCGUGGUAGGAUCUGCGACUCCAAUACCAAGUACUACUAGCCCUGUAAAAACUUCUACUGAAUCAUCAAUCUUAUUAGAUAAUACUACAGAUGCUUGGGUUGUAAUAGCUUCCGUUCAAACAAGUAGAAGCGUAUCAGGAGCAAGGUACCUUCCCUCAUCAAUUGUUGAACAAGACACUAGGGUAAAAUUACUGAAUGAACAUUCAAUGGAGGAAAAUCUCAACGACACUGUAAACGAUUCACACGUUAUUGAUGACGAUGACGAAGAAUUUACGACUGAAUAUGAAGAUGACUUGUAUGAAACCACUACCGUCGCAUAUUUAUCUAAAAUAAGAACAUCUACCGAAAGCUUGAAUGAUAAAUUAGAUAGAGUUCAAUCGGAUCUGUCAAGUGGGCUAUUAACAGGAGGUUUGGGUAAUAAUAUAGCCGUCAUCAAGGAACACGUUCCUGAAAAGGGAGACAUGACCAUGGACGACAUCAAACUGACUACUACAACUAAAGCACCCUAUCCUCAAGUUAACAUCAGGAAGUAUUCGCCAAAUAAUCGAAAAGCCACUACAAGAAGACCCAGGCCUCGUCCGGGUUUGAAAGCCAAGAAACCUUUUGACCCUAACCAACCACAAGGUGAUCAACCCCAGAAGAAACCUGAUGACCUUGCCAGCAUUUUACCUCCAGGUUAUAAAUUAAAUGCCAGUGAUGAAAGAAGUUCGAAAUUAUUAGAAGAUAUUUUAAGCAGGGUCAAACCUAAUAAGAUUGAGAAUAAAGUUGAAAAUAAGACUGAAGAAGCAUCUACUGAAUUAGUUCAGAGCAUCAGUACAACAGACAGUACUAGUUUAUUAAAAAAUGAAACUCAAAACACAACUCCAAGUGCAUUUGAAAGCUUAUUUAAAAAUACAAAGGCGGAUGAUAUAUCAAAAUUCUUACCACCAGGUUAUAAGAUACCAAACGAAUCUCAAAAGUCAACAACAGAGAGUAGUGGUAUGUUUAAGAAUACCAAAUCUGAUGCCAUAUCCAAAUUUUUACCACCAGGUUACAAGUUACCAAAAACUGAAGCAAAACCAUCAACAACUGAAAGAAGUAUUUUCAAAAAUACUAAAGCUGACGAUCUUGCAAAAUUUCUACCACCCGGAUUCAAGUUACAUACAGAUGAAGGCAAAUCAACAACAGAAAGUAGCAUAUUUAAAAAUACUAAAGUGGAUGAUUUAUCGAAAUUUUUACCCCCCGGUUACAAACUAACCAAAAGUAGUGAAGAAAAAACUACUGAACAUAGUAUCUUCAAAAAUACUAAGUCUGAUGAUAUCUUAAAAUUCCUUCCACCCGGAUACAAGGUACCAAAAUCUGAAGAAAAACCAUCGACCGAGAGCAGCAUCUUCAAAAACACUAAAGCUGAUGAUGUCUCCAAAUUUUUACCACCAGGUUUCAAAGUACCCAAAUAUAAGAGUUCCACGGAAAGCAGUAUUUUGAAGAAUACCAAAGCAGAUGAUGUUUCAAAAUUCCUUCCUCCAGGUUACAAAUCACCCAAAUCUUCAUCAGAAAGUCAAGCAGAAACUGUUUCUGAAAAAGGUGUAAACUCUCAAACAGUGGACAUUUCAGCGUUUCUACCUCCAGGUUUCAAGCUACCUAGUAGCAACAACACUGUUCCAACUAACCUUCUACCAGCCAAUUUCAGUAAUAUGGCACAACCAUCUUCGACAACCAGCAAACCAGCAGGUAAAGUAGUUUUCCCUUCAAGACCUGGAGGACCUAGAAAAACGACAACAAGGACAACUCAUAAACCUGUUAUUGACGAACUACCAAGAAAUACACCACCUACAAUUCAUAAGGGAUGGCCAGUAAGGGUUACAACUGAAUUCACUGGCUGGCCAACCCCGUCAACUACUCCUAUUUCAAUAGAAAAACUUCUGGAGGCGGCUAAAGCCGCGUCUACCAGUACCACGCGUACAGUCGAAACGACCGUUUCCACGACAUCAACUACGACCACGACAACAACGACAACACCCAAGCCGACCACUCCUGGAAUAUGUACUGAAGACUGUGAACUUGCUGGUACCAUCAAGUUGGUCGGUGGCAUUAAGUGGGUACCGGAAUUAUUGGAUAGGAAUACCAAAGAGUGGCAAGUCUUAGCCAAUGAAGUUGAGAGUCAAUUGGACUAUGUAUACAGUUCUUCUUCAUUACUCAAUAGAUGGUACAGGAAAAUUCGAAUUGAUGGUUUCAGUGAAGGCAGCGUGUUGGUUGACUACAAUGUAGAACUUAACGACUUAGGUCGAAGAGUUGAUACCCAAGAAAUCAAAAAGCUGUUCCACGAAUCCCUGGAUGAUGCACUCUCAACAUUCGGCAGUUCCAAUAGAGAAGGAAAAGCUAUCAAUGAAUCCAUGAAACUAGAGGGUAAACUAGCUUUGGGUAGCUUUGUUGUCGAUCCUGCUUAUACAGAUUUCUUAGUAUUACCAAAACGGGGUUAUCCAACUGUUGGUUAUGCAGAAAAUGACGUUCUAUUACCACAAUGGGCCAUCGCAGUCAUAGUUAUAGGAUUAGCAUCACUUUUAUUCGUGAUUAUCUUCGGAGUAACAGUGUUGGUAAAUAGACAGAAAAAUAAUAAAAAGAAAGCACCAACGCCUUUGACAGAAGGUAUGUUGAACGAAUUAAACAAGAAUCAUAUGGGAGGAUUUGAUAACUAUGGAGCAGAAGACUUAUAUAACAUGGAAGAUGUUUGGAACGAAAGAGCUUAUGAACAGAAACCACCCAAAAAGAGAUCGACUGGUUCUAUUCAUAACAACAGCAUGUCUAAUCUAUAUGACAGUUGGCGUUCAGAAUGGAAUGGAUAUUACUACAACGCUUACUAUGGCAACCCUGGAAGUAGUCAGAGUGGUUAUAAUGGCAGAAGAAGAUCUGAUUACGACACCAAUUUCUAAACGUUAAUUUUAGUUUUGUAACUGCCAAAUAAAACGUGUUAUAAUUUUAUAUCGUUUUAGAAUGAAAAUUGGUUACUUUCAUUACUCACCCUCUAAUUGUUGACAAAAAAACGAUAGGUAUGUAAAUAUACACGCAUUUUUAGUCGUUUUAAACUUAGUUUAAUAACAUUUUGAGAUAUGCGUUAUUUGUCAACAGUCAGUUGGUUUUUUUUUUAUUUUUCACUGUAUUAAGAAAUCUGCAGUGGCAUUAAAGCGAAAAAAUGUUUCUUAUGAUAUUCGAACUUUAACAAAAAUAUUCUUUUUAUAAAAUAUACAAUGUCUAUUUAAUAUUUAAUUGUCAUGAUGUAGCUAUAAUAGAUGUUGCUCAAUUUUUUACGUCCCAACCCAGCCUUCUCCGCUAUAAAGAACUUUGGAUGGGUAGAAAAACUCACAAAGUAUGAUUUGGCAACAAUUUUGAGGCAUCAAAACAUAAUAAAUCAUUAUUAAUUUUAAUGUUAUUUUUUUUACUUGUGUCUUGGUUAGGAAAUGCGCCAGUAAUGUAUAAUAGUGACACAACUAAAAAACAUUUAUAAACUUCACUUUUGUUAUCAGAGUGAUUGACAUUUGACAGUUGACAACUUGUAGACCUAAGACAACUAUCAUUUACGAUCUACAUGCCUUAAAAUUGUUGACUUGUAAAUUCGAGUGUAAGGUAAAGUUUGUAGGAGAGAGAAGUGGUAUUAUUACCCAAUGCUUGAACAGCUUGCUUAUGUCAAGCGUAAGAUAUAUUAAUUUAGGAGUAAAUAGGGUAAGAUUGCUCGGUUUUUAAGGGAUAGCGAACAGCUCUUCCUUCAAAAACGUUUUUAAAUAAUUUUGGCUAUUCCAGAGAUAAUCCAAAAUGAUAAUAUUUAGAAAUGUUUUUGCAUAAACGAGUUAGAAAAUUUAGCCUGGAUUUAAAAAGUUUUGCUUUCUGGACAAAAUAUAUAUGUUUUUACGUACUAACUAACAAUUAUUUAAAGAAUAACAUUUUAACAUUUAUUAAAUAACCGAGAUUUACUAUAAUUUACAGUGAAAUACUAAGAUAAACAAUUCCAAUUCUGUAGGUAGACUAUAGAGAUACAAAAAUGAAGUCUAUAUAUUUAAAUCUGAGCAGUUGUUUAUAAAUGUCAAUAUUUUAAUCCAUUGGGUUAACUAUGAGCUCACAAAAUGUUUUAAAUAAAGGCUAAAUAAAAGGUAAAAUACGAAUAAAACGGCUGUACGACAAAUACAGGUUAGGUAUGACCAGGUUUUUCUAGUCAAACAGCCUGCUAACAGCGUUUACGCGCUGUAUAGUGUUUCGGCUGUGAUUCCACCUAUCAAGACUUCUAAUUUAAAGUAUCAGAUAGGUAAAAAUGGCAUGACAUCGAUUUUUUAGAAAAAUUAGAUACCGUAUAAUGAACAUUGGACAAAUAGAAACCUUAGUAGCAUUCUGACUUAACAGUUAUAGUUUAUUAAUUAAAAGAUAUAGACCAAAGUAAAG